AUGGCUCUCUGCUCCGGACUUGACCCGUUUGUCUUCCUGCUCCUCUCAGACCCGUACGAGGACCACACUGGGUCCCUGCGUCUCAUCACCAUCAAGCCCAUGACGGCCCAGCCGACCUACUCCUACCCCUCCUCCUCCUCCCACAGCCAAGACUCUGUGGUGCUCAACGGCGAAGCGAACCACAGUGGGCUGAAGCAGAAGUCGGACAUCGAGCAUUACAGGAACAAGCUGCGUCAGAAGGCUCGGAGGAAGGGGUACGGAGAGUUCUCGCUGUCUGAGAACGGCAGCCACGGUUACAGUCACCGUGACACCAGGCACGGUCGGCACGACAACGGACUCAAGGAGCCAAUGACGGCAGAGGAGAAGAGGGCCUCAUUCGCCGGAUGUCAUAAGAGGUACUCUCACCCCCGGGAGCCCAACUACUGGAGCAGACAGUCCCUGAGCAGCCCGAGUCCAGUGGAGACGGAGAUGGACCUGCUGGUGCUGAGAGAAAGAUCCAGAAGAGGCAUCCGGAACAAUGGCUACGACGGCGAACCAGAACCGUUUGAGGAGACCAACGUGGACCGUCUGAUGAGCUCUCUGGGCUACAGAGGUGGAUCCACUGGCACCGGGAACGGCAGCUUGGGGGUGAAAGCUCACCGCGGCUCCGACUCCUCCACACUCAGCUCCCAGCCAUCCAUUGACGAGGUCCGCACGCAGAUGCACAUGUUGCUAGGCAACGCCUUCAGCCUGGCACCUCCGGACCACGACCCGCCCUCCCCUCCAACCAACAGCCGCCACCACCACCACCACCACGCCUACAGCGCCUACAACCCCUCCCACACCAGCCACUACAGUGACGGGGUGACCAGCGCUCCGGGGACCAUGAACCAUCCCUGCGGCGGCAGACAGAGGAGCGCAGGAUACGAGGACAUGCACCAGUGCAGCCUGCCCAAACCGGGUUUCCGGUUCACUCAGCUUCCUGACAUGGGCAUCGGUUCUCCCCCGCCGCUGAUCCCCUCGAGGCCGGGACCGCCACCUGGGACCUCACUACGACGUUCCACCCCCGAUGUUAGUCUGAAGCCUCGAGUGUCAGAGGCGUCCGACCUCCAGGCCCAACAGCACAACGGCGCCCCCUACCUGCCACUGUCCAGGACCACCUUCCCUGCUGUCACUGUCGACCAGUCCAUCACCACCUACUCAGGAAACCCAAUAACAGCAGUCUACGCUAUAUCAGCCAACCGCCCGGGUUACUCGGAUUAUUUCGUCAUGUCGCCGCCGUCCUCGUACCGUAGCCCGUCCUGGAUGUCCUACCCCCCUGAGCCAGAGGACCUGCCGAGGCAGUGGAACGACACGCCGAACUCACGUCACCUUGAGACCAUCUGCUGAAGUCGUCCGUCUGUGACGAGCUCGGUGUCCCUCUGGACUGGAGGACCUGCUUCUCACAGAAUACUCUCUGGAGCUUUAUCACCGACCCCCCCC